UGAGACAGCUGCACAGCGAAACGUAUGAAUGGUCACACUGCGGAUUCGUUAACUUGUGUAAGUUUGUGACGUGACAAUUUGCGUAACAUUUAAUACCUGGUAGGUGGGUUUGUGCAACGGGGAACAAAGCCAACACAACCCUCCAAAUUCAAACUACGAGGAUUCGCUAUGCAAGCAGCAAAAGUUUCAGACACUCCUGUGGAGUUCAUCGUUGAAUACCUGCUGAAGGCUAAAGAGAUAGCAGAGAAGAAUGCAAAUGUUCCAUCUGAGCUGCGUGAUAAUCUGCAGAAGGCCCUUGACAUUGCCAGUGGACUGGAUGGCUACCUAGAACAAAUGAGCAGCCAGGAGAGCAAACCACUAGCUGAGUUGUUUAGGAAAUCAAUUUCUCAUGACUGGGAUAAGGUGUAUGAGGAUGGAAAAACCUUAUUUAAGCUUCCAGUUACAUGUAUCACUGGACAGGUAGAAGGUCAAAUAUUGAAAAUGCUGGUCCACAUGAGCAAGGCAAGGAGAAUCUUGGAAAUAGGAAUGUUCACAGGAUACGGAGCCUUAUCAAUGGCAGAGGCCCUGCCAGAGGAUGGUCAACUCAUUGCUUGUGAGCUUGAGCCUUAUCUGAAAGACUUUGCUCAACCUAUAUUUGACAAGUCUCCACAUGGCAAAAAGAUAACAGUGAAGACUGGACCUGCUAUGGAUACCCUAAAGGAAUUAGCUGCUACAGGAGAACAGUUUGACAUGGUGUUUGUUGACGCAGACAAACCGAACUACAUCAACUAUUACAAGUACCUUCUGGACCAUAACCUUUUGCGCAUAGAUGGUGUUAUAUGUGUAGACAACUCCCUGUUUAAAGGGAGAGUUUACCUCAAAGAUUCAACAGAUGAAACCGGAAAGGCCUUGCGAGAUUUCAAUCAGUUUGUCACAAAUGAUCCUCGAGUAGAGCAGGUCAUUAUUCCUCUGAGAGAUGGUCUCACAAUCAUACGAAGAGUGCCCUACACACCUCAAGCAAACACACAGAGCACUGUGACCUAUGACGAGGUGUUCCGAGGAGUGCAGCAGAAGUCAGUGCUGGACAGGUUAUGUUUGGGUGGAAAAGUGGCCUAUGUGACUGGGGCCGGUCAGGGCAUCGGCAGGGCCUUCGCACAUGCUCUUGGAGAGGCUGGAGCCAAAGUAGCCAUCAUAGACAUGGACAAAGAGAAAGCAGAGAGCGUAGCCCAUGAACUGACUUUGAAAGGUAUUUCAAGCAUGGUCAUUGCUGCAGACAUUAGCAAAGCAGGGGACGUUCAAAAGAUGAUUGACGACAUUGUUUCAAAAUGGGGCACAAUUCACAUCGCGUGUAACAAUGCUGGUAUCAACAAGAACUCAGCCAGUGAGGACACCAGUCUAGAGGAAUGGGACCAAACCUUUAAUGUCAACCUCAGAGGGACUUUCAUGUGUUGCCAGGCGGCCGGUCGUGUCAUGCUGAAGCAAGGAUACGGCAAGAUAAUCAACACAGCUUCCAUGGCCAGUUUAAUAGUUCCCCAUCCACAAAAACAGCUGUCCUAUAACACAUCCAAGGCUGGGGUUGUAAAACUCACACAAACCCUGGGCACAGAGUGGAUCGACCGAGGAGUACGAGUCAACUGCAUUUCCCCUGGUAUUGUUGACACCCCUCUCAUCCAUUCAGAGAGUCUGGAGCCUUUAGUUCAGCACUGGCUGUCAGAUAUUCCAGCCGGACGACUGGCUCAAGUGACAGACCUCCAAGCUGCUGUGGUUUACUUAGCAUCUGACGCCUCUGACUACAUGACAGGGCAUAACUUAGUCAUAGAGGGUGGUCAGAGUCUGUGGUAGAGAAGGUUUGACUCUCAGAUUCAGCUAUACUGUCUCUGCCACUGCUCUUUGAGGAUACUCAAGGAGUGACUUGUGUCAUUUGUUACCUGAUUUUGAUAAUGCAGUACAUUGGUGAAGGGAUGUACUGAACAUUUAAGCAAAGGGGCCAGUGACAAACUUAGCAAGUAGUCUGUCAUUUGUAAACAACUUUACUUCUUAAAGGGAUAGUUCACCAAAAAAUUACAAUCCUAUCAUCGUUAACAUCAUUUAUUGUGAGACUUUUUUUUUCUGUAGAACUCAAAAGGAGACAUGAAGCAGAAUGUUUAUGCUGCUAUUUUCCAUACUAACUCCAACAAAUGUGGUGACCAUAGCUGUAUAGCUCCAAACCAUGUCACGUGUCAUUAGGUUGUAUCUAGAUACUGAUUGUGAAUCACAAAGUUUGAAAAUGAAUGAGAUUUAAGAGAGGGGAAUGAUUAUCAGUUUGUAACAACUUAAAUUUUGGUCUGUUCCUCACACAAGCUAUUGUAUUAUACAUUAUAGUCAAAUGGACUACUUUAAUUGUGUUCUUUUUCGUGCUUGAAAGUCCCUGGUCACCAUCCACUUUUAUCGUAUGGAAAAGAGCAGCUUUGACAUUGUGAAAAAUAUUUCCUUUUAAGUUCCACAGAAGAAAGUAUGAAUAAAUGAUGACACUUGAGAUUUUUUUGUGAACUCUCUUUCUGUUUAACUGUAUUUGUGCAUUAUUCAAUGUUUUGUAUGAAUUUUUUACAUUUGCACACUUUGGCAAUAAACAACACCUUCCACAACAU